AUGAGUUGGUAGUAAAAAUUGAAAAAGUAAAUUGGAACACAAGCUUACUCUGAAAUAAAGCAACUCAGAUUCAAUAAUCUCCAACUCAAUAAAUUACCAGAUGACUUUGUUUCGGAAAUUCAUAAAUGCACCAAUUUGGAGGUUCUGAGUUUAAAUUAAUGCGGCAUCCGAUCGCUUGAAAAUUUAUAAUAAAUGAGUUCAGUCACUCGACUUGAGUAUCUAGACAACUUUACAACUUCAAAGACCUUGCAACAAAUCGCCAAGGCUUUUCCCAAUCUUGAAAUUCUGAUCGCAGGAGGGAAUUUCCUAAGGGAUCUUACAGACUUAGAUUCUCUGAAACCAUUGAGGAAAUUAGAGGUUCUCAACAUUAUGAAUGGCAUAAAUAAACCAGAUUCCGAAGUUCGAAAAUACGCUUUUCAGAUAUUGCAGAACUUGAAAGAGUUAGAUGAAAAAGAUUAAUACGGACAGAUUUAUGUUAAGCCAAAAGAAGAGAAGAAACCACUUGAAGUCGAAACUCAAAAUAAUAUGGAAUAGGAGGAGGUGAGUCAAGAGGAUGAGGAAUCUGCGCUUUGUUCUGAUGACAGCAACGAGGAAGAGGAAUCUGAUAGCGAGGAUGAGGAUGAUAGUGAUCUCAGUGAUUUCAUUGAAAAAAAAGUAAAAAACGAAUGAUUUUAUGUAUACUUCAUAAA